CACCUACAAGCACACGCAGGAGUGUGACAGCAGUGCAGCAGACACAGGGAUCUUCUCAACAGCGGUGUGUGUGCUAUAUAUAUAUAUGCGCUGUAUGACGUCGCAGGCAGUGUGUGUGUGUUUGAGAAAGAGGUAGAGCAGUUGAAAUAGGGUGAGCUGGAAUAGCGGGUCACUCUCGUUUGAAGGAUGGAGUGAGAGCGGGUGUGUUCUUCCGUUCGACUGGACUGUGAGGGUUUGUGAGUCUCUGGACACCUAUAACGCGCGUUUCACGCAGCAUUUCUGUCUCCGCGCAGGAACACGACAGGCUGACGCUGAUGGGCUUCUUGGGCGUUUGGGCUUUGUCCGUCCUGCUCGGAUCUUCCCUAUGGCUGGCUUAUGGAGUCCGAGCCAGUGCUGGAUCUGGAGCUACAGUAAAGGAGCUUCAGGAGGGACUUCAGCAGUAUGGAGGAGCUGAAAAUAAAGUCAAGCAAAAUGGGGGUCCAUGCAGGAGGACAUACUGCGGCCGGGGACGGGAGUGUGUGGUCAGGGAAGUAACGGGCCGUGCCGAGUGUGUGUGCCAGGAAAGCUGCCACCCUUCGUUUGUGCCCGUGUGUGGCUCUGACGGACGUUUUUAUGAGAACCACUGCGAGCUUUACCGCACCGCAUGCCUGCAGCGGAGGAGAAUCUAUGUGGUCCACAGCAAAGACUGCUUUUUUAAAGGAGACACAUGCACCAUGGCGGAGUACAACAAGCUGAAGAGCAUGCUGCUGGACAUGCAGCCCAGGACCUCCAUGGAUGGGCAAGCAAACGCUAUGGACCAGAGGAGGAUCCUAGUGGACACAAUGUUCAAGUAUAUAGACAGAAACCAGGACGGCCGUCUGAGCAGUGAGGAGCUGGCAGAGAUCUCCAUAAAGGAGCAUUUAGAAAAUAUCUUAAUGGAGUGCACCAUGCAAGACCUCCUGCGUUACGAUGAUUACAACAACGAUGGUCACCUGACCCUUCAGGAGCUCUACACUGCCUUCCAGGUCAUUCAGCUCAGUCUAGCUGAUGACAAGCGUCUGAGCGUCACAACAGUGACCGUCGGCCUGAGCGCUGUGCUGUCCUGCGCCAUUCAGGGAACCCUGAGACCACCCAUCAUCUGGAAGAGAAACGGCAUCAUCCUCAACUUCCUGGAUCUGGAGGAUAUAAAUGACUUUGGUGAUGAUGGCUCACUCUACAUUACUAAGGUGACUACGAUUCACAUGGGGAACUACAGCUGUCAUGCGUACGGCUAUGAGGAGCUGUCCCAAACCCACGUGCUCCAGGUGAAUGUGCCUCCAGUAAUCCUGGUGUAUCCGGAGACUCAGGCCCAGGAACCCGGUGUCGCUGCCAGCCUGCGCUGUCAUGCAGAUGGUAUUCCAAACCCCAAACUCACCUGGCUAAAGAACGGCCUGGACCUGCAGCCGCACGGAUCCAAACAGAUUUCACUUCUCGCUAAUGGCAGUGAGCUUCACAUCGGUAGUGUGCGUUAUGAAGACACUGGUGCUUAUACCUGCAUCGCUAGAAACGAGGUUGGCGUGGAUGAAGACAUCUCAUCUCUGUUUGUGGAAGACUCAGCACGAAAGACACUGGCCAACAUUCUCUGGAGGGAAGAAGGGCUCAGUGUGGGGAACAUGUUCUACGUGUUCUCCAGCGAAGGGAUCACCAUACUGCAGCCCGGCAACUGUGAGAUUCGCAGACGCAUCCCGCGGACAGAGAGGAUUCUGGGUAGUUAUGAAGAACUGUGUCCCAGCAUCAAGGGCGUCUCUUCACAGGAGUGUGUAUGGGCAUCUGCGGUCAGCGUGAGGGACAAGUAUGUGUAUGUGUCUCAGCCGCUUCAGAACAGACUGCUGCUGAUCGACACACAGGCGCAGAGAGUCGUGCAGGCUGUGGAAACGGACGCCAUGCCCGUCAAACUCUUCUACGACAAAUCUCACGAUCAGCUGUGGCUGUUGAGCUGGAGAGACCUGCUGAAGUCCCGCUCUACACUGCAGGUGAUCACUUCUGCCAGCGCGGUGGAGCAGCGUCAGAUCAUCCGUACUCCAUUUGAAGGAGUGGAGGACUUCUACAUCCCUCCCACCAACCUCAUUAUCACCCACGUAAGGUUUGGCUUUGUCUACUUAAAAUCAGAGCCCGUGGUGCAUAAAAUCGACCUUGAGACCCUCCAUCUCGUCAAGACCAUCAGUCUGAAGAACUACAGCUGUAUCCCAGCCAGCAUGGCCUACACUCAUUUAAGCGGCUACUAUUUUAUCGAGUGCCAAGUCGAGGACCGUUUGGGUCCGAGCUCACAGCUUCUCAUCGACAGUGUAAGCGACGCAGUCAUUGGGCCCAAUCCCAACAUCAACGGCCGGCCAUUUGUCUCUCCGGACGGCCGCUUUGUGGUCUCUGUGGACAAGCGACACGGAAAGCUCCAAGUCCAGACUGUCUCCUUCAGCGGCGAGCUGCAGACCAGCCACGAAGUGGACGUCUCGAUUCCCCUCGCAGACCUGGAGUUUCAGCCGUCCUUCACAGAGGCCAACAAGUACAUGAUUGUGGCCUCUUCGGCGCAGGGCUCCAAGCUGGUUUUCUCGGACCUGGCUUCAGGAAAAACGAAAGCCCACGAGGAUGUCAAGGAUCCUAUUCCAGCCAGCAGCUGGCCUUGGGGAGAUGCCAACAGGGUGGUGGUCUCCAGCGGGGUGUUUGGACGCUACUUGGUCACGUCGUCGUCUGAGUCCCUGUUCGUUCUGGACGGCAAACAGAGCGGCCCUCACUGUGAGGUGUCAGACGUCAAGAGAGGGAACACAGUGGUCUGGGUGGGUGAGGUAUGAGCGGCGUACCGCGGGCCGGUUCUGCAGAGGAUUGCGUCGGCCGACUGGGCCAAAGCUUUGGAAAACCUUUAAGGGAUGCGAACGGACUUGAUCCUAGUAGUGAGUUAAACGAACACACAUGCGGGUUUCUGUAUAGGUACACACACAUACACACACAUUCAACGACAAGAAACCUUAAACAAAAAGGGAUGAAUGAAGACACCCUUCAGUGCAACAGUGAACUAAUUUGAUGAUUUUUUGCACUUCCUUGUAAGCAGAAGUAGCGUUAAGCAGCAGACAGGUUAGGUAAUGACUGAACUAUGCACAAUGCUUUUUAAAGUUUGAGUGUUUUUUUGUUUUUUUCUCAGUGUGUCCACUUGUUAUAUAUAGUCACGGCAGGAAAUGUGUUCAUCAGUGUCAUGUCUCAUUUUUGUCAAUGUAGAAAACUGUUGUUUGGCUCAUCCCGGUGUUUCUGAUCACACAGUUCAACAGCUUUUGUUUUACAGUUAUUAGUACACUUCAUUAUAAUAAACACGUUACAGUAACAUAUUGCAUUUUCCUUUUUGUAAUGAGGUGAGUACUUUCUGUCAUCCUAAGAGCUCUCUGUGUGUGUUUGUUUUUGUGGAGCUACAUUUUGGGGACACCGUCACCUCCAAAUGUUUGCUAAAGCUAGCCUCCCUUUGGGGAUAAAUCCUAUAUUACAUAUUAGUUUUUUAAUUAAAUAAUUUCUUUUAGAAGUACGGUGUGCGGGUUGGUCAAGUUUUGAUCAAACGUCCCCACCACAAGGAUAGUGAACCAUUGUGUGAAGCAGGAAAAUGGUUUAAUAAACAUACAACAUAAUGUCUUAAUGAAAAUGUCCAAAUGCAGAGGUUUGUGUAAAGGCAUGGGGAUAGAAAAUAUCAUUAGUUCAUUUUAAAAACAAUAAAAUCCAUGGAAACACUUGCCAUUAAAGAAAAAAAGUGUGUGUCGAUCUUCAUUUUUUUUUUUUUUUUUUGCAUCAAUUCUGUCUAAACAAAUUUUUGUUUCAUUAAAGUAGUCCUACAUUCAUAUAUUACAUUUAAACACCCAGCUAAAGAAUAGAAUAGAAAAAUAACCAUGAAAGAAAAGUAUAUUCUUGCUAAAUAGAUGGGCAAUGAGGUCCACUGUGCUAGAUAAAAACUCAUCUGGUGCAUCAGAUGUUUGAAAGGCAACAGAAAACAUUCAACACACAUGAACCAAAUUAGAGCACUGUUGCACUGAACGCACUAUCAUCACUACUGAGAAGACCGCAAGCACAGCUUUAAAUCGCCCUAUUUGAGACAAAAUAGCUAAACUGGCAUUUCGAUGUGCUUUCAGGCUUAGUCAGAUAUGCAUGACUACAAUAUUACUUUAGAAAGCCAGAUGGUUAGACCUCAAUUAACAUUAAACUGGACACAGAUACGAUCAAUUUAAGGCCCAAACAAAUCUAAUUAAACUCAGUGGGCUAACAAUCGCUGAAUAAAUGUGCUCUGAAUACAGUAUAUUAACUAUAGAGUGAUUUGAGUUGUUUCCUUUAUGUCUGGCUUUAGAGGGAUAGUACACCAAGAAAUCAAACUUUGCUGUUAAUGUACUCACCCUCCAAAGAUGUAGAUGACCUUUUUUUUUUCAAUAGAACAGCAAAGAAGAUUUUGUUGAAACCGUGGUCCUUCAUAAAAUCCAAGUCAGUGGCUGCCGUCACUUUGGGAGUAAAAAAAAAAAACAUAUCAGGCAACACAAAAUAAAUCCCUGAGGCUCCUGAUGUUAUAUUAAGGUCUUAUGAAGCAAAAUGAUCGCUUUGUGCAAGAAACUGAACAUGAUUUACAACAUUACCUGUAAUCCAAAGCCUCAGGCAAGUGGGGAAAUCCAAUUCUUUUCCAUGAACUGUUUCACUUGGACAGUUUGUUUCAGUGAAGUGAUUCAAAUAACUGAUUGCCCAGUUCGUUUACGUAAUCACGCAAUGACGUCAUGUAUACACGAGCAAUAUCACACAAGUAGCAGUGCGAUAUGGCUGUAUAUUGCCAUUGCUGUGAUUCGGCCGUAGGCACAAGGUUUAUGCAUCAGUUCGACGGCACGAGUCUGCAAAUACAUAAACAAAGUGUCUUUAAAAACCCUCUUUUGUGCAAACCACUUCCUUCCAUCAUGGAUUCAUGGAUUCAAAUCUCAAGUUGACAGUUUAACAGCUGAGCCCAAGCCUUUGUUACUAAUUUGAAAAUGUCACUUUAGAACUAGUUACAAAGGAACAUUGAUUUGCUUAAUUGAAAGCUUAAUGUAUUACCGUACUAAAAGCUCACUGUUUUAUGUAGCGUAUGAAUUGUCUACUGAUUGAAGCAAUAUCUUUGUCAUGCUAUCCUUUCAUCUGUUAAGGGUGAUUUCCAGUGCUGCGUCUCUCAAGGUGUUGCUAAAAGUAAAAAAAAAAAAAAAAAAAAAACGUCCUUGUUUACAACCCCGUUUCAGUCUCUUUCAAUAUAAAAGUCUAUACUGAUGACUCUCUCUAAUGGCAGAAUAAUGUAACUAAAAUCACCAUCACCAACACACACACCGUUUCCCGAUAUUAAAUGCUAUAAUUAAACACUACUGCUUUUUAUACAAAAAUAUUGUUUAUUAAAUAAUUUUAUUUAAUAAACAAUAACAGCCAUCAUAAAAGUUGAACAAGUACAUUAUCGCCUAAAAAACUCUUAAAACUACAUUCAGUGACACAAAAACAGUAUUAUUAAUAUAAUUAUUGUGGAUUUGGGUGACCACCAUGACCCUCGCUGUGAGAAAAACUGCAAGUGGAGUGAUACAAACAGUGAAACAGUUGAUGUUCUGUUUACAAUAAUAUCUCACUCCUCUCAGCCAAUCAGAUUCGAGGACCAGAAGGAACUGUUGUUUAAACAAUUAUAUUAUUAAAGCAACCAAUAAUGAUGUGAGAUGUGGAUUUUUUUUACAUGUUUAAAGCACAUAAAGGGAAUUGUCCCUUUAUUCAAGUGCUGGGUUCAUGCAUGCUCAUUUCAGCAGCUUGUAGUAAAUUGUAGUUUAUUGCACAGACGGAUUGUUUUGCUUCAUAGGAGCCACAAUAAUUUUGUGUUGCCUGAUAUGCUUUUUUUGAUUCUCAAGGUGCGGGCAGUAAUUUUUUGAAUCACCAAGGACGAGGGUUUCAGCUAAAAAUCUUCUUUACUGUUCUACUGAAGAAAGAAAGUCACCUACAUCUUGGAUGGCCUGAGGGUGAGUAAAUUAACAGCAAAUGUUCAUCUUUGAGUGAACUAUCUCUUUAAGAACUGAGCCAGAAAGCUGAAUUAAAUGAAUUAAACAGAGUAGAAGUUUGUUACGCAAGAAGUCUGCGAAGUUUGUUCAAGACUAAACUAGCUGCACACAUUUUGUACAGUCCUGCAUAUACGUAAAAUGGCGUUCUUUUAAAAUGUCUGCAUUAUGUGUAUGUGCGUAUUAUUUGUUCACAGUUCUUUUUAGCACUGAAAUGCCAGCCUGACUUUUGCCAACGAGGCAGAAACAAAGCAUCUUAUGCCUCACUGAGUCACAUUUAUGUCCAAAUCCAUUUGUCUUCAUUAAACUCUAUUGUCCCCAGAUUGUUUUAGCCUGUUCUUGUCCUCGUCAUGUAUAUAUAUUUUUUUUGUUUGUUUGUUUUUUUGUUGUUGUUUUUGGGGUUUUUUCAGUGUGUUAUUGACUUGUUCAACAUCUCAGUCUCUGUUUAUGUGUGUCAUUAAAACCUUUAUUAAGUGUAACAGAACUGCUGGCAGACUUGAGGCACAUAAAGUGCUGUAGCCGUUUGCAGUUGCUAAUCAACAGGCCAAGAACCAAAGGCUUUAUUUGUUUCAUUUUUAACUGCAUUUUUAAAUGAAUAAUAGAACAGCUGUAUGGCUUUUCUUUUUCAAGUUGAGCUGUCAUGAUCUUGGUGUAUUUGUUCUGACACACACCCUCGUGCUGGCUUUUAUUGCCUAAUCCUGUGUAUGUGUAAGAUUUGUUUCUCCCAAAGUACAUUGUGUAUGGUGAAUAAAACCUGUUCCUUAAGUUUGUAAGUUAGCACCACUUAUUCUUUGGUUUUACAGCACACACAGCCAUGAAAUUCACAUAAAUAUAACACAAAAUACUCUUUCAAACAUUUACAUUUCAAUCAUGACAAAAUGCCAAGGGUGUUAACUCAACGAGAAAUUAUUUCAAAAAACAGUCUUUAGCUGUCUUUGUGCUGGUUAAUUUAUAUCUCUAUGCAACAUGUUUUUCAGCAUUAAGGCAAUAACUGUUGAAAUAUUGAUGUUUUGCAACCGAGUUAUGGCAGUAAUUGCUACUUUUUGAUGAUUGAUAUUUGUCUUUUCUUGUAGUGUAACUGACCACACCAGCAAAGAUCUCGUCUAGUUCUCAGCUUGUCUCGUGGUCAAGCAGCACCAUGUUCUGUUCAUCUGUGUGCGUGUGUGUUAUGUUCAUUUGAUUUAAUACAUCGUAAAAUUGUGAAAUGUGACACUUUUCAGAAAGAUAGUGGCUUUACUUAAUUCACAGAUGUGCUUCAUGGGAUGUAGAACAAAGUUGAAAUUUCAUGGUCAUAAUUUUAGUAAAGUAUCAGUUAACCUGUAUCAAAUAUAAAAAAAAAUCUCCAUGGAUUCCUGAGAUCUGGAUACACCCAAGUGAUUUAUUAGCAUUGGUUGUAUAGAAACCUUCACUGUAUAAUGUAAUAUAGUGUUGCGUGCGAUAUAUAUAAAUAUAUAUCUUCGAGUUUUACAAUAAAAGAUUAGACCAGAA